GCCUUCCAUUGCGACUUCCGGGUAAACAUGCACGCACAACCGAUCCAGCCAGUGCACAGCAGAAGAAACUGAUGACCACAGUUGAUACAUAACUUCAUGGAUUCUGUCUGUGAAGGGUUAUUUCAAUGAUGCGAUCAUAGUUGAGCAGCAAAUUUGCUUGCUUCUUCAGGGGAAACCCUCUGGGGGAUAAAUAUACCGGGGGUGAAGAUGACAGCAGCCACAGAGGCUGCUAGCCUGGAGAACCUGCGUGUGCUACACCAGAGCGAUGACUUCAUCGUGGUGGACAAGCACUGGGACCUCCGCAUUGACAGCAAGAUGUGGUACGAGAAGAACACGGUGCAGGCACAGCUCAGACACCGCUUCCCCCUGCUGGCCGACCCUGAUACAUACUACGGAUUCAGGUUCUGCCACCAGUUGGACUUCUCCACCAGUGGGGCACUGUGUGUGGCGCUGAGCAAGGCAGCAGCUGGACGGGCCUACCGCUGCUUCAAAGACCGCACCGCCACCAAGGCCUACAUUGCGCUGCUGCGUGGCUGGGUGGAGGAGGAGAACAGGACCAUUGAAUUCUCCAUCGGCAAGACAUCCACAGAGGGCAAGGCGCACAUGAUGUGCAUCGAAGGAAGUGAUGGUUGUGAGAACCCCAAGGCGUGCCAGACGGAGCUCAAUGUGUUGGAGUACGGGACCUACGACGGAGAACCCGCCACCAAAGUGCUUCUCGAGCCUCUCACCGGCCGGACCCAUCAGCUGAGGGUCCACUGCAGCGCGGUAGGCCAUCCCAUCGUGGGGGACUUCACCUACAGCUUGGGGGUGGACGAUGCCCCCUACCGUAUGAUGUUGCACGCACACCUCCUCCGCCUUCCGCUGGAGCCCCACCUCCUGCAAGUGACCGCAGGAGACCCCUUCCUGCCCUACGUCGACCCUAAGUGGCUCCCACAACGCACCCUCCGGACAGCAGAGGUCGCUGUGGAAUCCCUGCUGGACAGCGUCGCUGCGAAGGAGAAGCAGCUUGAGAAGGAGAAGAAAUGGAAGGAGGCAGAGGAGGAGAGGAGAAAGGGGAAGAAGAAGAAGAAGAAGGCAGAGAGUGAGGAACAAAAGAGGCUGUGUCAGGACUGGCUGAGUGAAUGGGGCGGUGAAUGAGUGUUACUGAGAAGUGAAUUAUAUUACCUGUUUUUUGUAUUAUUGAUCUUAUUGAUGGAAACUUUGCAUUGGGUAUCGUACUAAGCAUCUGUAUGUAUGCGAUGAUAUGCUUUAACUUUGAUGUUCAAUAUCUGAAUACAUGUUAUUUAUAUAUUUUCAUUUGAGUCAUUUUGGCAUGAAAAUUAGUAUUUGAAAUAUCUCUAUUUUGGCUAAAGUUAUUUAUAUAACAGAAUGUAAGAAAUGGAAGUUAUAAAUGUUUUUGCUUAGAAGGGAAUCGGUUGAUGUUUAAUGCAGGACAAUUGCUAUAUUUGUGAGAUCUUCCAUUAUAUAAGCUCCAUCUAACCAACUCUAAUGUAUUUGGCUGGUUUGAAAUGCUUAGCAUGAAGUAAUGUCUUCAAUCUCUUCUAAUAAAAUUAUAAUAGGAAUUGUGCUUUUGACACAAACAUUCGAUGUGCUAUUGCUAGCCAAAAAGAUCACAACUAUUUACCUACCAGUAUGUGUAUUCACAUACUGGUAAUCAAUUGUAUCUGAAUAAAUGUCCUUGGAUUUGAUUAAACUAUCUCUUAACCUGG